GAGUUGGGCCGGCCUCUGAGCAAGGGCGGCCCAACAUGUGAAAGAAAAAGGGGAGGGAGUCUUCCGAUUGAAUGCUCUCCCUCCCCUGUUUCGGGAAUUUUUCCCCUCCUCCCGAAUCCACCGGAAGGAGAGAUUUAGGAGGGGAUCAAACCCUACUAUUUUGGGCCAAUCCUCUUCCAAGACCUCCUCCCUCUCUUCCUAGGGCACCAACCGAGAGAUCCUUUCAAAAAAAAAAGGGGGGGGGAGAGAGAGAUUUGGAGUUCUAGGCGAUCCGUGAGAGGCUUGGGUUGUUCGCCGUCGGGCUUGCCGGAGAAGCUCACCGGAGACGAGGGGAACAAUCUGUUGGACAAGAGGACGCUGAGCAGGGUUCUGCGGAUCCUGAUUCAUAGAUCGCCGUGAGGGCGGGUGUUUAGUCUGUCUGAGUUUUUCAAUAAAGAAGUUGCAGGAUGCAUACAUGGAUGGGUUGGGCGUAGAGAACGAGUAUCAGAGUUAUUAGCUAGCUAGUUAGUUUAUCUUUCUUGAUGAUGAUGAGCAUUUGAAGAUUUUGUAAUUGAAUCAAUUUGAUUAUCUGGACAUGCUAGAUUCGUCUAUCUAAAUAAAUGAAUUAAUUGUGGAUUUUAUUAGAUUUUUUGUUCAUCUUAGGCCUUGCAUGAUCUUUAGGGCAUUGCUCUAGGGCUCAUGCGGCCGGUCACGUACCGGACCUGGGUGCUGGGUUCGGGGCGUGACAGAGUGGUAUCAGAGCCAGGUUAAAGUAUCCUAGGGUUUAGAUUCGAGUGAGUGUGAGUGGGGGGGGGGACAUCUAAUGCACUCUUGAUAUAUUUUUCCUUGCAAUCUUAAGAUGUUGAAAGUAACUUGUGUAGGUUGAUAUGGCACGAGGGAGUAGACGUGGGCGUAAUAGGAGGCCGACUCGCUUUGCCGAUGGCUCUGCUGCUUGGACGCCCUCCGAACAACAAGAAGGUGCUCCACCCUCGCUGGCCAGGAGUGUGCACCAGCAGGAACAUCACGUCAACCCUGUUGGUAGUGCUCGGGAGAUGGAAACCCCAGAAACUCCAAGGACAGGAACCUCGGGUGAGCCUGGAAUUCAGCCUAAUGAACCACUGAGUGCUUCUCAGAUGAUGUAAGCAAUGAUGCAACAACAAGCUGCUUCCCGAUCAGACAUGAUGAGAAUGAUGGAGAUGCAACAACGCUUCAUGGAACAGCAGCAACAAUUUAUGCAACAACAGUUACAGCACCAGCAGCAGGUGUCUUCUCAGCAUCUACAGGGGGCUACAAGUCGGCAGGAACAUCAUGUUAGUUUAGCCGAAUUCAAAAAGUUUGCACCUUCAGCUUUUAAAGGCACUUCUAACCCCUUAGAGGCUGAGACUUGGCUGAAUGAAAUGAAAAAAGUUUUCAAUGCCCUGAGAUGCCCUGAUGAGGAUAGGGUCACAUUUGCUACAUUUAUGCUGCUGGGAGAAGCGGAUAUUUGGUGGAAUGUGGAAAGAGGAAAGAUGGGACAGAACACUACAUCUUUGACUUGGGAAGGAUUUAAGGAGAUUUUCCGUGACAAGUAUGUUCCUCAAAGUGUGAGGCGGCAGAAAUUUCGAGAAUUUACCCGGUUAGAGCAAGGGAACAUGACGGUCGCGGAGUAUGCUGCAAAGUUUGAAGAACUGGCCAGGUAUGCUCCAGGACAGGUGGAGAAUGAAAGAGAACGAGCUGAGAAGUUUGAAAGUGGACUUAGAGCCCGAAUCAGACAACAGGUGUCUACCUUCGAGCUUUCUUCCUACAAGGAUGUGGUUAACAAAGCUUUAGUAGUUGAAAGGGGCUUGAAUGACACUCAGGAAGAGAGGGAAAAGAUUAUGAAAAAGAGGAACAGACAGGUUGGUUUUCAAAAUGAGCAGGACAGAAAUACUGAAUCAAGGCCCAAGAAACAAACUACUGCGAGUGAUAAAACUCAACAAAAAGGUACUAUAAGAUGCUAUAGAUGUGGCGGGCCCCAUUAUCGAAAGGAUUGCAGCUGGUUCGAAGGGAAUUGCUUUUCGUGUGGCCAACAGGGCCACAAGGCGGACAUCUGCCCUAAUAAUAGUGGGCAACAGACUCAACGGACACCUCAGCCUAUUUCGGGAGCACUAGAAAAUCGAGUAUCUCAAGAUGGACAACCACAAGGAGGGCAACAGAGGCCUAGAACUCAAGGGCGAGUCUAUGCUCUUACACAACAGGAUGCCAACGCCUCUAACACUGUGGUGACAGGUAUGAUUAAAGUCUCAUCCACCAAUGCUUAUGUUUUGAUUGAUCCUGGAGCUACUCAUUCUUUCGUAUCUGUCGAUUUUGUUAGAAGAAAUAAUACAAUGAUUUGCAUGCCAUUAGAGACUGAAUUUUGUGUUUCCAUCCCUAGUGGAGAUGUAAUUCUAGUUAACUCUAUCUACAAAGAUCGUAUCUUGAAUAUGAGAGGCAGGGAGAUGAAAGCAGAUUUACUGGUCCUAGAGAUGAAGGAUUUUGACUUGAUCCUUGGGAUGGACUGGCUGGCGGCAUACCAUGCUACUGUUGACUGCUUCAAGAAAACAGUAAAAUUUCAAAUCCCUGGUCAUCCAGAGUUUACUUUUAGUGGCAAUAGAAUGUUACCUCCGCCAAAAAUAAUCUCAGCCAUACAAGCCAAGCGACUCCUUCGGAAAGGUGAUGAAGGAUUCUUAGCUAUGGUAAUGGGCACUCAACUGGAAGAACUCAAACUAGAAGACAUUCCUAUUGUGAGGGAAUUCCCUGAUGUCUUCCCAGAGGAUUUGCCAGGAUUACCUCCUGAUAGAGAGGUUGAAUUCUCCAUUGAUUUGAUUCCUGGCACUGGACCGAUUUCUAAGGCCCCAUACCGGAUGGCUCCAGCUGAAUUAAAAGUACUAAAGGAACAACUACAGGAGCUGUUGGACAAGAAUUUCAUCAGGCCUAGUGUUUCUCCUUGGGGUGCUCCUGUACUAUUUGUGAAAAAGAAAGAUGGCAGUUUUCGGCUUUGCAUAGAUUAUCGAGAAAUAAAUGGAAGUAACAGUACGGAACAAAUACCCUCUACCGAGAAUUGA